AUGGACACGCGCAAACGGAAGAAGAAGGUCCUCUUGAUGGGCAAGAGUGGCUCAGGCAAAUCGUCGAUGCGCUCCAUCAUUUUCAGCAACUAUGUCGCGAAGGACGUCCGCCGACUCGGCGCAACCAUUGACGUGGAACACAGUCAUGCAAAGUUCAUGGGUAACCUGACGCUCAACCUUUGGGAUUGUGGAGGGCAAGACGCAUUCAUGGACUCCUACCUUAACGCCCAGCGCGAAAAUGUCUUUUCCGACGCCGAAGUUCUCAUCUACGUCUUUGACAUCGAAUCCCGAGCAGUCGAUCAGGACCUUGAGACAUAUAGCCAGGUGAUCAAGGCGUUGAAAGAAUACAGUCCCAAUGCGCACGUCUUCUGCUUGGUUCACAAGAUGGACCUGGUGCAGAGCGAACAUCGUGAGAGGAUAUACGAAGAAAGAUGCCGCUUGAUCAUUGCCCGGUCGGAAGGUCUGAGCUUGGAGACAUUUGCGAGCAGUAUCUGGGACCAGACACUCUACAAGGCUUGGGCAGGCAUAGUCCACAAGAUGAUUCCGAAUCUGGUGGUGAUAGAAAGAUUUCUGACAGCCUUUGCGAAACAACUCAAAGCUGAGGAGAUUGUCCUUUUCGAAAGAUCUACAUUUCUGACCGUGACGAAUGUGGUCACGCAAUAUGGCGAGGAUAACCCCAACCUUGACCGACAUGAGCGAAUAUCGAAUAUCAUGAAGAGCUACAAGCACACGGCGGCACGAAACACCAGGACGACGGCGGCGAGCGCAGGGUUCUUGCUGUUCAAAGUCCAGACUCCUCGCUUCAAUUGUUUCCUGGCCAGAUUUACGGAAAACACCUAUAUAUUUGUUGCCAUCCCUCCCGGAGAGGCUGCGUUUAAUUGUGCGGUCUUGAACACGAUGAUGGCGAGAGACGCUUUUAGCAAGAAGACUGGCGUUGAAGGAUGA